GGAGUACUUAAAUGGACAUACAAUAAUUCUAACAAUAAAUCAAAAAAUCAUUAAAAUACGCUAAAGAAAAGCUACUGUUUUGGUAAAACUGGAGAUGAAAGAAAUUGAAGAAGAAGAAGAAAAAGACAGAUUGCCGCUGUAAUUGUCAGAUUUGUCAAAAUCAUCAGAUAGGUGUUGUUGAAUCUUGAUUUUCAAUCAUGAAGCGAGAUUACUCAGAGUCUCCAUCUUCAAGUUCUGUUGGACCUCCUCAAUCCAAAUUUAAGCACAACCCUGAAGGUGACAAUCAUUUUCUCGAAGAUGAGAGCACAAAAAUCUUUGCCAGGAAGGUGGCUGAUCAUUACAGUGCAAGGACCAACCAAACUCUUGAAGAGCGUGAAGCAAGUCCUAUCAUCCACUUAAAGAAACUUAACAACUGGAUCAAGAGUGUCUUGAUUCAACUCUAUGCUAAAAGAGGGGAUGCAGUUCUUGAUCUUGCUUGCGGGAAGGGAGGUGAUCUCAUUAAAUGGGAUAAAGCAAAAGUUGGAUAUUAUGUUGGCAUUGAUAUUGCUGAUGGUUCGAUAGAAGACUGCCGAACCCGCUACAAUGGUGAUGCAGAUCACCACCAGCGCCGCAAAAAGUUCUCAUUUCCUGCCAGACUUAUAUGUGGAGAUUGUUAUGAGGUUCGUCUGGACCGGAUUUUAGCAGAUGAUGCACCUUUUGAUGUUUGUAGCUGUCAGUUUGCUAUGCAUUAUUCAUGGUCUACUGAGGCACGUGCACGCCGUGCGCUGGCCAAUGUCUCAGCUUUACUUCGACCUGGAGGAAUAUUUAUUGGAACAAUGCCAGAUGCCAAUGUCAUCAUCAAGAAGCUAAGAGAAGCUGAAGGGCUAACCUUUGGUAAUAGUGUCUACUGGAUACGUUUUGAUGAAGAAUUUUCAGAGAAGAAAUUUAAAUCUUCAAAUCCGUUUGGCAUCAAAUACAAGUUCCAUCUAGAGGAUGCUGUUGACUGCCCCGAAUGGAUUGUCCCUUUCCACAUCUUCAAGGCAUUGGCUGAAGAGUAUGACUUUGAGCUAGCUUUUGUGAAGAAUAACCACAUAUUUAUAGACGAAUACAUGAAGAAACCAGAGUUCAUUGAACUAAUGAGGAGGCUCGGUGCAUUAGGUGAUGGGAACCAAGACCGAAGUAAGCUUAGUUCUCUGGUUGCUGAAUUUUACGCUUUGAUGUUUCAUGGUACUCUAUCACCAGAUGAAUGGGAGGUAGCCUACCUAUAUUUGACAUUUGUUCUGAGAAAGAAAGGGCAACCAGAUCAAACACAGGGAAAUCCUAGAAGAGACAAAGGCAAGAUGCAUUUGACAAAAGACGAUAUCGAGAAUGUUAAUGGUACAGUGUAGUGCCUUCCUGCCAUGGCAUAUGAAGAAAUAUUUGAAAUGAAGAGGAACAAGUCAACAAAAUGUGUCCCUUUUUCGAGUCGAUAAAUCGACGUGCUAAUCAGUUUUGCAGAAUAAAAACUAUAGAUAGUUUUGGCCUUAACCAUUUGUUACAAAUUUCAACUUGCUAUAAAGCUCCAGCAUAUAGUUAAAAGAAGCCAGUGCAAUGUGUGUCCACUUGCACCUUGUAAAUUUUAUGUAGCAUUAUAAAUUAAGAGAAUGAAAAUAGGCAAAAGUUUCUAUUUA